UAAGCCAGUCAAGGGGCGUGUCCUGCCUGGGCUGGCCCCACCUCCGCUCGCCGCUUUCUGUCCUGGAGCGCCGCUAGGCUGCCAGAGGGAAACAGCCACCUGCUUCCGCGCAGUUGAGCCGUCCACUCGCUCGCGCGUCGCAGAGACCCGCUGGAGGAGCCGCCGCCGCCGCCGCCUUACCCGCGCCUCCAAGUUCUUUCGCUUCCCUCUCUCGCCUGGAAAGUUACUGACCUGCCGUGCGGUUGUCUUUUGGGGAAGAAGCCGUUGCUGCGCUGUGUGGGGGAGAGCGCGAAGAAGAGCCCUCGCCCGCCCGCCCGGCUUGACGUUCCCUUUGGAGGAUCAGCGCUCGAAGUCGCCGUUCGCCUUGCGGGGAGGCGGGAUGGAGACCCCCUCUGCCGCCUGUUGUCGCCGCCGCCGCCAGCUGCAGCCGCCGUCGCUGCUGUUCCUGUGCUUGCUGCUCUCUGCCCUUUGCCUCCGGCCAGGACUUGGCGUGAACACAGUAAACACAGUAUAUGGAGAUACUAUUAUUUUGCCAUGCCGUAUAGAAGUUCCUGAUGAUCUUAUGUUUGGAAAAUGGAAAUAUGAAAUUGCAAAUAAGGCUCCAGUGUUUAUUGCCUUCCGAUCUGCAACCAAAAAAAAUGUACAAUAUGAUAAUGUUCCAGAAUACAAAGACCGAUUGAGUCUCUCAGAAAAUUAUACUCUGUCGAUAAAUAAUGCAAGGAUUGGUGAUGAAAGAAGAUUUGUAUGCAUGCUCGUAACAGAGGACAACGUCUUUGAAGAACCUACAAUUGUUAAAUUGUUCAAGCAACCAUCACAACCUGAAAUUGUAAAUCGAGCAAAGUUUCUAGAAACAGAACAGCUGAAAACGCUUGGGGAAUGUAUUACAAAAGAUGGUUAUCCAGAAGGAAAUAUUAUGUGGUAUAAGAAUGGAAUUGUUUUGCAGCCCGUUGAAGGAACUGUUGUCAUAACUGAACGAACAAACGUGGAUAAAGCAAGUGAACUCUUCACAGUGAUAUCUUCUCUAGACUACAUGCCAACAAAGGAAGAUACCAAUGCACAGUUUAUCUGUACAGUGACAUAUUUUGGGCCAACAGGACAAGAAACAAUACGGUCAGAAUCUGUGGUCUUUGACAUUCACUAUCCUACAGAGAAAGUCAAAAUUCAAGUACUUUCACAAAAAAAUACAAUUAAAGAAGGUGAUAAUGUCACCCUAGAAUGUUCAGGAAAUGGUAAUCCUCCACCUCAAGAGUUUUUGUUUUACAUUCCUGGUGAACCAGAACCCAUAAGGAGCCCAAGUCUUUACGUACUGGCAGAUGUAAGGAGAAAUGCAACAGGAGAAUACAGAUGUUCACUGACUGAUGAAAGUUUGACAGAUUCUACCAUAAUUACAGUGCACUAUUUGGAUUUGUCACUUACUCCCAGUGGAGAAGUUACUAAGCGCAUUGGAGAAGCACUACUUGUAACUUGCACAAUCUCUUCCAGCAGAAAUGCCACUGUAUUCUGGUCAAAGGACAAUACCAGAAUGCGGACAAGUCCAUCUUUUUCAAGUUUACAGUACCAGGAUGCAGGAAACUACAUCUGUGAAACUACUUUACAGGAGGUUGAAGGACUGAAGAAAAGGCAAACACUUACAUUGAUAGUAGAAGGAAAACCUCAAAUCAAAAUGUCAAAGAAAACCAGCACAGAUGGAAGCUUUAAACUGAUAUCCUGUAAUGUGGAGGGGUUUCCCAAACCAGCCGUACAGUGGAUUAGCAGUGGAAGCAUCAUAAAUAAAGCAAAGGAGACUAGAUACAUUAACGGAAGGUUUUCUAGUAGAAUCAGAAUUGCUCCUGAAGAAAAUGUUACACUAACAUGUAUGGCAGAAAACACGCUAGAAAGAACUAUGACCUCUUUGAAUGUAUCUGCUAUAAGUAUUCCAGAAUAUGAUGAACCAGAUGACAGAAGUGAUGAUAAUAGGGGAAAGAUUAAUGACCAGACAAAACUAAUAGUGGGAAUCGUGGUUGGUCUUCUUCUAGCAGCUCUGGUUGCUGGUGUUGUUUACUGGCUAUACAUGAAGAAAUCAAAGGAUGUCAACGGAGAGUCUGAGAAGGAAGCAGCACAGAACAGUCAAACCCUCCUGAGAGCUAAGGGAGAAGUACAUGGAGUUCACAGGGCAGCAUCAAAACAUGUAGAUAAAGAUCUUGGCAAUAUAGAAGAAAAUAAAAAGUUAGAAGAAAACAAUCACAAAUUGGAAGCUUGAGAGAAACCACUCGUCAGCCACCGUUCUAGACAAUAAACAUAGGCCAACUGAAGCAUGAACAUGGAUUGUAUUUAAGAUAUAUACAAAGACAUGACAGCUAUUCAUGGUUCAAGUAUUAAACAGACCAUUCUAUCAAGUUUUCAGAGGAAUUUACGGUUAUUUCAACCUUACAAAAAUAUCAGCAAACUAAUUUUUGGCAACAGCCGUGAUAAUAGGUCACAAAUUUGUGUUCUGUUUGAAUAUAUAUUUUUUUUGUAAAUGUCUGCACUGAAGAUUUCUUUUGGUUUGCCUUUAUGUAAAUUUUUUACGUAGCUAUUUUUAUACACUGUAAGGCUUUGUUCUGGGAGUCGCUGGUAAUCUGAUGUAUAGUGUAAUGUUUUUAUUUCCGUUGGUUUUCAUGCCCUUUAAAGAAGUACAUUUCUAAUUCUGAUUGCUAUCAGUAAAACUUGUACUUUGCACAGCAAGUCUCUAAUUUAUAAGAUUGCCUUAUGGGAAAAUGGGACACUCCUCUCUCCAUUUUGCAAACACCACUAAAGAAAAAGGGGAAAAAAUACAUCUGUAAAAACAAAUAAAGACAAUUUAUAAAAUAAAAACUUGAUCAACUGUAAAGGACAUGUAUAUAAUUUCUGAAGGAGAGUGGGGUGGUACACAAAAUUCAUGUUGUCGUGAAUGCAGAUGUCUACUAAUAAGUCUUUUUUUUAGAAACAAAUCUUUUUAUUGAUAGCAUUCUGGAAAACUAAUUGUUCUUGCAAUUCCAUGAUAUAUAGCGUGAAUGACUGGAAUUAUGAAUUCGUUCUGAAAUGCUUUUGUUAUCCACUGCCUUAAAAAUUACCUGUCUCUUAAUUUCAAAGAAAAAUCAGUAAGAAUUGGAGGUGUUGUUUUUUUUUAAGUGAUCAUAUCAAAGCUGCAUUUUUCCACAAAAUAGAAUAUAUAUUUUUGUGUGUGUGUGUUUUUGUUAACUACACUACGGAUAUUGCACCUUGAGAUAAUUUAGUGUUUUUAACUGGUACAUAAUUUAUCAAAAAGUACAUGAAAUUGUAACAAUGAAAUGAAAUCUAUGUAUCUUUAGUUACAUUCAAGAUUGUAACUUUAUAAACCUGUUUUAUGCUUGAGAAUUUUUUUAGAAAGUUAGCAUAAAAAGAAGCAUUUGAAUAGAUCAGGGCAAGUAGACAGCAGUAUUUAGCAAUGUGUUCUCUUUAGCAGAAGAAUAGCAUCUGGGAGAAUGUAAUAGAUAAUGUUGAUCACGGCAGGAAGAUAAGUUACUAGAAUAAGCAUCAGGUUUCUGUUUACAGAUUUAUGAGCCAGGAAAACCGGAAGAUUCUGUAGAUUGUGGAGAGGUUAGUAGAAUAAAAUUUGAGAUGGAAAUUAGGAGAUGUAUUUUGCCACUUAGGAAAAGAAACACUGUUACUUGUAAAUUGUAAAAUGUUAAAUGUCUGGGCAGUAGUGACUGAUGUCUUAAAUAAAAGCUUCCUGUAGUAUAUUGGCAUGGAUUAAAUACAUGAAAUGUCCUAUAAAUUCAACACUGUAUAAGAUAUUACAAAAGAACUUAUCCUGUUAAAGUCCUCUCAGCAUUUAAGGCUUUAUUUGGCAAGGGAAAAAUUAAUCUUGGUCAAUGUUUAAACCAAAGUUAAAAGGGGAUAAAACCAAAGUCAUUUGUUUUGCAUGGCUAAGCCAUUAAUGAUAUCUUUGUAAAUACUGUGAUUUUUUUUCCUUUUUUUCUUUUUUUUAGAAUUUUGUUGGAAAAAAAAUUCUACAAUUUUUAAGCACCUGUUUUCCAAAAUAAAAUGUGAACACACACAAAAAAAAGAUUAUAUAUAAUUUUGUUUUGGUGUGAAGACAUCACUGCUAUUAUGAGAAAAUUCAAUUGGUAUGAGUAUAGAAAAGGGAAAAACGGUUUUCAGUGCAAUCUUGUCAUGUAUUUUAAUUGUAUGUAAUAUAAAACAUACAAGAAGUGCUCCCACUAAGGGAGGGAACCCUUCUGGCUUGUAAAAUAAAGCAAGUCCCACAACUAAUCAGACUUGAAACCAGAGUGGACACCAAAAAUGAAAGCAUUUAACUUCUGCAUCCAGUAUCAUGAAAAAGGAACAAUACUUUCACCUUUUGAGGUUCUACUGACCAUCCAAUGUAAUUCUUGGAGGGGGCGUUCUUCACUUUUCAGAGUUCACAUCAGACAUGUUUUAGGAAUCAACAGUACAAAUUGUUGCCAUUCAUGCCUAAAAGACAAUAAAAGUGAAGUAUGUUUUCACA